UAUUAUUUGUAAAAUAUUUCUUAUAAAUUGAUAACUUUUAUUUCAUUGUUAAAAUGGCAACAAAGCAAUUCAAAGAUAUAUCACCAUACAAACGUACUAUUGGAACACCAUCAGAAGAUUAUUUGUAUUCAAAGUAUGAAACAGACUUAGCCGCAAAAGUUACAACGUCUGUAAAUGUAACAAAUGUCGCCAUUUUUGGAAUUGGUCGUGCAGGAACAAUUCAUUUAUCAUCAUUGGCUAGAAAUCCACGAGCACAGAUUUUAUACAUUGUUGAUGAUAUUGUUGAGAAACACAAGAGAUUACAGGAUUACUGGUCUUUACAUGAUACCAAAUUUCUUACCAGCAAAGAAAGUGAUGUCAUUUUUAGCGACCCAAAAGUACAUGCUGUAGUUGUAGCCACACCAACUUUCGCACACGAACAUAUUGUAAAAUCAGCAUUAAAUGCUAAAAAAGCUGUAUUUUGUGAAAAGCCACUUGCUCAAGAACGUAAUGUCUGCAUCGAGUUAUAUAAACUAUCAAAGGAAGUUGGUAAACCAUUAUUAACAGCUUUUAACAGACGUUUUGACCCAUCAUUCUCUAAUAUAAGAGAUCGUGUACACAAAGGAGAAGUAGGUCAUGUUCAAACAAUUAAAUGCUGCAACCGGGAUUCGCCAAUACCAAGUUUUGGCUACAUCAAAACAUCCGUUGGCAUUUACCAUGACUGCUGUAUUCACGAUAUUGACACAUUAUGUUGGGUUUUGGGUGAAUUUCCAACAAAAGUUAGUUCUAUGGGCUACACACAUGUUGAAGAACUUAAAGCUAUUGAUGAUUUUGACACGGUUUCUGUCACUUUAUUGUAUCCUAGUGGAACCAUUGGAAUGAUUGAAUUAAGUCGUAACAGUUGUUAUGGAUAUGACCAACGCCUUGAGGUUUUUGGACCACGUGGAAUGAUCCGUGCUGAUAAUGAACAACCAAUCCACUGUAUUGAUAGUCAAAUAGGUCUUACUGGUAUUAAAACAGCUCCAAUUUGGUAUUCAUACCCAUCACGCUAUCAUGUUGCCUACCAAGCCGAAAUGGAACAUUUCUUUGAUUUAGUUGAAGGGAAAGCUAACGAACCAUUUAUAAAAGGUCAUGAAAUAUUAGCUGUAAACAAAAUUGCAGCAGCUGCUGAAGAAUCAGCCAGAACAGGCAAAUUUAUUGAUCUAACAUGGACAAAAGAUGAUUUUGAAAUAUAACAGAAAUUCUAAAUAAAUUCCAGAACAAAAAAAUACCUAAUUUGUCCUGUUUAUAUCUUCCCAUAAUAAAUAAAUUUACAUCUUA